UUGCUUGCUAGUCGCUAGCUACAGCGUUUUGUUACUUCGACUGUAAUCGACUUAGAGUUUAAACUACAAUUUCAGUUUCGCUGAUACCGUAAGAGAUAACCGACGUUUGCGUUCGACAUAAUCAUAAUAGAAAAAUUGCAAUACGCGGAUGGUACCUCAACUAACUUGCCAGCUAGCUAAGAAACUUAAGUGAACGUUUUGCAAUAUAUCCACAUAUGUACCAUUGCGCUAAUAUUAAUAUUCAAUAAAAGAAAAUGUAUUUGUACAUACUACAUAAGUAUUCAACAUGUGAAAUGAAAAUGAAAAUUAUUUAGAUUCUAAAAAUCGUGACUGUUUGUUGGUUGCGGAUUUGAUUAAUGCCCGGAUGCACUGCUGCUGCAAUCGAAGAAACUAAAAAAUUGGCACAGUCUCACAGGUGUGGCUAAUGCAUAAACUUAACUCUCAUAGUAGCGAUGACACAAAGAUUUUCGAGUGCUCGAUUAUUCUCCAGAUAAUGCAUUUCGAGCAUGAAUUUCGGUUGUCCGUGAGUGCAUUUUCUGCUUCUGCUGGUGUGUGUGUGUUUCGUUGUGUUCUAUAAUCCGCGCAGUGCAUUCUAAGGCGAGCAGACAGUGCCUGUUGGGCAAACCAACAGCAACUGCUGGCAUACGGUGGAAUUAACUUUAGUAAUCGUCGUGACGGACACAUCAAACGGAAGACAAAAUAUAAUAAAUAAAAUUGACUCGAGUGCAAAUGAAAAGUUUUAUACAGAAAACAAGUGGCGUAAAAAUGUUGUGGUGAUUUCUUAAGAUGUAAGGUCUAUUCAUACAUACAUACAUGCAUAUUUUGUACUCAAGAAGAACAUUUCUUUGGUAUUUUAUUCGGAUUUCUUAAGUGAACACAUAUAGUUUUUAAAAUCAAACGUCCUAUCCAAAUGUACAAAACAAACAAAAUACCUCAAAAAUUGCAAAUUAUCGACGACGCUCAGGUACAAAAGUUUGUGGCAAACAGCAACGGCAACAAGAGUUACAAAAUUAAACGAUUGCAACCACAAAUUUAAGGAAAAUUUAAUAUAAAUCAACUCUAUUUAGUUCGGCUAAAAUUUAUAUCCAAAAUAUAAAAAUGUGCAAAUGAUAAUUAAUAUCCUUAAAAAUAACUAGAAACUGUGCGAAAGGUAACUAAAUUUUGAAAAUAUGUUAAUAAAAAAAAUUUACAAAAAAGACAUUUCGGCGCAAAAAAAAGUUGAAAAACUAAUAUGAAAUAAAUCACGGAUGUUGAUGGAAAAAUCUUAGUAAAUUUAAAGUCAAAAAGGAAAUCGAUUUGGUGUUAACAAUGUCUGCUAAAUAAAAACUCGUAUAAUAUUUAAAAAUAUUUAAGUACUUUUUAAGACUACUCAACUUGGAAACGUACAUCACAGCAACGGCCAGGAAAUCAAAUACGCCGACAAGCCAUUUUCGAAUGGUCUGCUUAGAUCCCGGUCAUUUAAACCAUUGAAUUCUAGACAAACAAAAAAAACAAAGACUCCCGGUAUUUGGAAGAACCAAAGCAGACAACGGCAUUCACAGGUAGUAGAGCGCAACUGAACAAUAGUUUCAUAAUGAUUAUGGUGCAACACCUGGUGGCAGCCAAUGCAGCGCAUACGCUAGUCAGCCAGGCGGCAUUGUCAUCGGCGGGCUCCUCAUCGCCCACCCCUUCGUCACCACCGUCCACGCACAACGUGUCAUCCUCAGUGUCCUCUCUGUCAUCGUCAGCAUCGCUCGCAUCGAAUGCAUUAUCUUCGCCUGCACGUUCACCCUCGCCAGUAGCAUUGUCCCAGCAAAGUGUGUCUCCGCUAGCAUCCCCCACAAUUAACAACACAGGUACCAGUACAAGAAGCAACUCGAAUGACGAAAAAUCCACUACAAACUGUUACAGUGUAGCUGCAAAGCAAGACAAUGGCGAUGGGAACUUGGAGCGACGCAGUGAUGAGCAGAAUUGGCGUUCAACUAACAUCAACAACAAUAACAACAACAGCAGUGAAGACAAGAUAUUAAUUCGUGCCAUAGAUUCACACAAGUCCACAACGCAAGGAAGGCAAAGUCCUGUGCCGUUAUCAAGCUCACCUGCCACUAAUGACAACAACGAAAGCAACGUUUCAACAGCGUCCAGUCCGCAAACUUCCCCCUCACUACUACCUGAAGCUGCGCCUGUAACAGAACCUAAAAGGAUAUUUAACUGUCGAGAAGAAUUUACGGUGCUUUACAAUCAUUUGCGACAACAUAAAUAUGUCGACAACAACACUGAGCGCAUAUCCUCAGUUAGUGCCACCGACAAGGAGUGCGAAAUGUUUGGCGAGUUGGGUCAACAGGUGCGACGUACGGUAAUCACGAGCAAAAGUCAGAGUGAUGUGGAAACAUUGGCCACACGCAAAUGCGGCGAUACACCCAUACGAAGGAAAAGCAAAGACCAACAGAAUGGCAAUGCUGUGCAGGCGAUGGAGGAGGAGGAAGAGGAUGAGAAUAUCGCUGUCGAGGAGGAUGGUAUAGUCUCGAUGGGAAACUAUAAUAGCGAAGAAGAAGAAGAGGAGGAAGCAGAUUGCCCAUUGGAUUUGUCGGUGAAUGCAACAACACUUCGCAAUCGUGAUCGUGCGUACUCGGAAACAGAGUCGGAAGAUUCGGGCUCUGGCGUAACGGAGGGUGAGCACGCCCAAUUGAAGGCAGAACAACGAUCGGCGUACAAGAAGAAUUUAAUGAAGCGAUACUAUACUGAAAUCCCGGUUAUAAAGCAAUCAACGAGUCCAGGACCACUGUUAACGCACCAUCAGCAUCAUCACCAUCAACAACAGCAACAACAUCAGCAACAGCAACCAUCACAACUCCAACAACAACAACAACAACAAAGUACUCCAUAUACGGCAUCUUCAAGUGUUAUACACAUAAAGUCCGAACAAAAUGUAGUACUUUCUCCGCAGCACCAACAACAGCAAGCACAACAGCAGCAGCAGCAGCUUGUUAACGGCCUGUCGCAGCAUAACGGUCCACUUUCAGGGUCAGGUGCGAAUAACCAACUCCAACCAUUGGCAAUACCACAUCGGCCAUUACUGCACAAUCUGUUGAGUGGCGGCUCCAUACACAAUUCACAUCACAGGACCUAUGGAGCACCCACAACAGGUUCCUUUCCACCCAGUCCAGCUGAUAGUGGCGUAUCUGAUGUGGAUAGUUCUAGUUCUGGAGGACAGCCGUGUAGCGAUGAGAUAAAAGCUAGGCUUGGCAUACCCGCACAUUGUCACCCGCAUGCGUCGCACGUGCCGUCAGGAACAUUUCUACAUCCCAAUCUGUACCAAAAUUCAGCGUCAUUGCGGAAUAUAUGGAAUCGAAGUGUUGGAAUGUCCGAUGGCUACUACUUGCCACUUGCGACUAGCACUAGUCCAUCCAAUGGUGCGUCGGUAAGUAGCAGCAGUGUCACGAAUGGUGGUGCGGUUGGGGCGCUAAAUAGCGGCAAUCCGGCAGCAUACUCAACGACACCCUACUUCACAACACCUUCCCCGCCACGCGCCAACCCCGGUCUCACGCCACAUCAUUCCCUGCACGCACACCAACAACACUUACACCACCAUCAGCAUUCCACGCUGGCCAAUAGCCAGGCGAGCGCUGGCGGCGGUGUGCUGCAUCAACCGAGCGUGAUCCAGCCAACAACGUCCAAUGUCAACUAUGAUCUCUCCUACAUGCUGGAGCUUGGCGGUUUUCCACAGCGAAAAGUGAAAAAACCGCGAAAGCCCAAAAUCGAAAUGGGUGUUAAGAGACGCAGUCGCGAAGGCUCCACAACAUACCUGUGGGAAUUCCUACUGAAAUUACUGCAGGAUCGCGAAUACUGUCCGCGUUUCAUCAAGUGGACGAAUCGUGAGAAGGGUGUAUUUAAGCUGGUAGACUCCAAGGCGGUGUCGCGACUAUGGGGUAUGCACAAGAACAAACCGGAUAUGAAUUACGAGACAAUGGGACGUGCAUUGCGAUAUUACUACCAGAGAGGCAUACUGGCCAAAGUGGAUGGUCAACGGCUGGUCUACCAAUUUGUGGACGUGCCAAAGGACAUUGUGGAAAUCGAUUGCAAUGGAGUGUAAAUGUGCGCGUAUAUGUGCGACGUCAGGCUGGCACAACCAAUAGGGAAUUCAACACCGUUCUAUGGCCUGUACAUUCCACUGAGCACCAAUGCAUCACCUACAACUACAAGUAAAUUAAGCGGAUUUCUUGGAAUGUACAAAGCAACGCAAAUGCUCGAAAUCUCAGUAAAAAUUUCGGGGUAUAUAAAUAUAUAUACAUAUGUAUGUACAUUUACACAUGUAUGUUUGUGAGUAUGAAUAUACGCGGUGAGCAGCAGUUUUAUACGAAGUAGAAUGCAUACUGUAAAGAAUUUGUAUUUAUUAGCUCUUUUUAAUGUUAAUACUAGUUGAGGAGAAACAAUUGUGUGUAAGUAAGGCUCGCUAAAAUCAAAUUGUAUAUUUUAGAUACACAAUAAUAUAGUACUACAUAUAUAGUAUAUUAAAUAAAUAAAUAAAAAAAAUAGU